AUGACUCGACUUGCAUCUCACUCUGCAGGAAUCCUUUACCAUACGAACCCCACUCGUCUGUGCCCACCUGUCUGUGCCCACCUCAUCGCUUGGCUGUUCCGCCGAGACAAUUCCCUCAAUUCCUCAAAUACUCGCCUCUUCGCCCUUCUUUUCCCCCUACGAUGCUCUCUCGAUAACCCUCCUUCUCGGUCAGACUGCCCAGGUGCUGUCUUAGAUGGCGACGGUUGA